CCUUGGUUUCGAUAUUUUAACAAAAAAUAGCAAAAAAUUAUACAAACAGUUGCUGUCUCUGUUAAUGCCACAGGGUUUUCUACUGACUUUGGAAGAAUCCGGGGCGGUCUACGAUUAUUCAUCCCUGAAAAUGUAUGAGUUGGAUAUUAUACUGGAAAAACAAAUAAAUGACAAGAAGCUUUUAUUAUUAAGAAAAUCGCGAAAUAUUGCGAGAAACCAGCGGAUUGUACAUGUGAACAAUUACGAAUUUUCGGGGGUAGAUGAACUGAAAUCAAUCAUGAAUGUGCAAAACGAGACUGGUGUAGAUACGGAGAUAAUUCUCGUCUCGGAAGAAGACUUUGAAUGCGAGCUACUCGGUUUUAUUAAUUGUUUGCGAAAAGAACCAGGCGGCAAAAUAAUUAGAAGCGUAUUUAUUCAAGAUGACAAAGCGCCUACAUUUUCUUUGCAAGAACCAUUGUACACGAAGCAGCUACAGUUGGACCUACCUAUCAAUGUUAUACGUUCCGGUAACGUUUGGGGAUCAUACAGGCAUUUACCAUUACCAUCGUUAGAAUCAAAACUUGUUCAGACGGCUUACGUUGCGCAGAUGGUAUGUUAA